UGAGAAUUUAUUAGGAAAGUGGAGUACUACUACUGAGCUGUAGUCAUGCCAUCCUAUUUAGUGACAGUGGCGACGGGAAAUCAGUGGUUCGCAGGCACCGACGACUAUAUCUACCUUACCUUGGUGGGCUUAGCCGGCACGAGCGAGAGACAUCUGCUUGACAAGCCGUUCUAUAAUGACUUCGAGCGCGGUGCUACUGAUACUUACGAUGUUACAGUGACAGAGGACUUGGGGGAGAUCCAACUGAUAAAAAUUGAAAAGCGGAAGUACUGGUUUCCUGAUGACUGGUACCUUAAAUAUAUCACUGUGAAAACACCAGUUGGUGAUUACCUGGAGUUUCCAUGUUACAGGUGGAUUACAGAUGAAAAAGAGGUGGUUUUACGAGAUGGUCGAGCCAAGCUUUUGGAUAAUGAGAAGACUCCAAUCCUUAAGCAUCUCAGACGUAAGGAAUUGGAAGAACGCCAGAAGUUGUAUAGAUGGGCAGAAUGGCAUCCAGGUUUUCCUUUGAACAUAGAUGCCAAAUCUCAUAAGGAAUUGCCUCGCAACAUCCAAUUUGACAGUGAAAAGGGAGUCGACUUUAUCUUGAAUUACACCAAAGCAAUGGAAAAUCUCUAUAUCAAUCGUUUCAUGCAUAUGUUCCAAUCCUCCUGGAGUGACUUCGCCGAUUUUGAGAAGAUCUUUGUCAAAAUAAGUAAUACAAUCUCUGAAUAUGUAAUGCAGCACUGGCAAGAAGAUUUUAUGUUUGGAUAUCAGUUUCUGAAUGGCUGCAAUCCUGUAUUAAUUAAAAAAUGCAUAGAACUACCAAACAAGUUCCCAGUGACCACAGAAAUGGUAGAAUACAGUUUGGAGAGAAAUCUAACUCUGGAGCAGGAAAUAAAGCAAGGAAAUAUUUUCAUUGUGGACUAUGAACUUCUAGAUGAUGUUGAAGUCAAUAAGACAGAUCCCUGCACAGUACAGUAUUUGGCUGCUCCUAUCUGUUUAUUGUAUAAGAAUUUAGAGAAUAAAAUUCUCCCUAUUGCAAUUCAGAUAAAUCAAGCUCCUGAACAAAGCAAUCCUAUUUUCCUUCCAUCUGAUGCUAAGUAUGAUUGGUUAUUAGCCAAAAUAUGGGUACGUUCUUCUGAUUUCCAUAUUCAUCAGACUGUGACUCAUCUGCUUCGGACUCACUUAAUUUCAGAAGUUUUUGCAGUGGCUAUGUUCCGACAAUUGCCUGCAGUCCAUCCUCUCUUUAAGCUCCUGAUACCUCAUGUACGGUUUACAAUAGCUAUAAACACCAAAGCUCGAGAGCAACUUAUCUGUGAAUAUGGACUUUUUGACAAGGCAAAUGCCACUGGAGGAGGUGGGCAUGUGCAAAUGGUCCAGCGAGCAAUGAAACAUCUUACCUACAGCUCUCUCUGCUUUCCUGAAGAAAUCAAAUCAAGACAUAUGGAAAGCAGUGAGGAUAUUCCAUACUACUACUAUCGGGAUGAUGGAGUUAAAGUAUGGAAUGCAAUCAAAAGGUAAAAAGUUGAAAUAAUAUCUGGU